CAUCUAAUCUUUAUCUCUUCCAAUCAAUCUCUGUUUCUCUUACAGUUCAGUUGUUCUUCUCUCUCUACCUUGAUCAUCUAUGCCAUGGCGGAAUGGUUUGUUGGUCCAAUCAUGGAAAAGAUCAUCAACACUUGCUCUGAUUACUUUGAAGAUUACAGUAAAGAUUACCUUAAAGAUCAAUUCAGAUGGCAGACAGGCAUGAAGGAGGAGCUUGAAAGGCUGCGACAGAAUCACCCGAAGAUCCAAGCUGUCGUCUUUGCCGCUAACGAAGCACAAAUUAGCGAUCAGAACCACCCUAUAAACAAAUGGAUAUGGCAGCUGCGAGAUGCUAUUGAUGAGGCAGAGGAUGUGCUCGAUGAGUUGGAGUACAUCAAGCAUAAAGAACAGCUCACCAAAAACACGGAAGAAACAAAGAAAAGAAAGUUCACGAGCUUCCUAUUUGAAAUUCCUCGUAAAAUUCUCAAAAUUGGCGAGCGUGUUAUCAAAAGAGAUCCCAACUUGAAGCGACUGGAGGAUGCUGUACAGAAACUUGAUAAAGUUUCGGCUGAUGUUACUACUUUCCUUCAUCUUUUAGACAGCGCAAAGCAGGAACAAAAGGAGCAGGAGGUUGAUUUCUUCAAAGCACGUGAAACAGGAUCCUUGACAACUACAAAUGAUCUCAUUGGGCGGGGCAAGGAUAAGGAAUCUGUUGUGCAGUGGUUGAAGAAGCUAUCAAAUGAGCAUCGGGACGGAAACAUUUCUCUUCUAUCUAUAGUGGGCCAUGGUGGUAUGGGGAAAACAACUCUAUUGCAACACGUCUAUGAAGAUGAAAUGACGAAGGAAUUUUUUGAUCUGAAAAUGUGGGUUUGUGUUUCCAACAACUUCGAUGUGAAAAAAGUCAUUGCAGAUAUGCUAUCAACUCUUAAGAAGGAGAGGCCUCGUUUGGACGAAUCACUUGAUGAACUUCAAAAUAGUCUUAGGACUGAGAUUAUGUCCAAAAAGUUCUUACUUAUUCUGGAUGACAUUUGGGAGGAGGACGAGAAGAAGCAGGAUAUCAGCAAAUGGGAGAAGGUGUUCGCCCCUCUAGCUUAUGGGAAAAUUGGUAGUGGAAUUUUGAUAACAACUCGAAUGGACUCGGUUGCAAUGAUGAUUGCAAAGGUCAUAAAAAAGAAGACGGAAAUAUUUAGAUUAAAGGGCUUGGAGGAAGAUCAGUGUUUGCAGCUCCUCAACUCUCAUGCAUUUGCUGAUGUGGAGAAUCCUAAUGAUUAUAAAAGAUUAAGAUCCAUUGCUGGAGAGAUAGUUAAAAAGCUUUCAGGAUCUCCAUUGGCUGCAAAAGUUAUCGGUGGUGUUUUGAAUUCUAACUUGGAUGAAAGACAUUGGACAAAAGUUUUAAAUAGUGAUUUUGUAAGUUCAAAAUUGGGUCAGAAUGACAUCUUUCUCAUUUUAAGAUUGAGCUAUAUGUUCCUCCCAAAACAUCUACAAAAUUGUUUCGCAUUUUGUUCUAUAUUCAACCAAGAUUACGUGUUUGAUAAAGAUGAUUUAGUAAAAAUGUGGAUUGCAUUGGGUUUCAUUCAGCAACCUCAUGAUCAAGAAUGGACUAUGGAGGAUAUUGGAGGAAUGUAUUUUGAUGUUUUGGUUAAAAAAUCUUUAUUUGAUAAGUUUCAGGAUUUUGAACAAUGCUACAAGAUGCAUGAUUUAAUACAUGAAUUGGCACAAUCAGUUUCCAUGUAUGAAUGUUUAAGAGUUGAGGAUGGUAUGAAGCUGCCCUCUAUAAUUCCUAAGACUCUUCGACACUUGUCUGUUCAAACUAUAAAUCCAGACAUCAUAAAAAAGAUUGGGCAGUUUAAAUAUUUGCAUUCUCUUUUCUUAUUCGAUGAAGCUUCUAAUCAGGAUAUCAGCGUACUUAUUGAAAUAUUCAAAACAUGGAGAAGCCUACGUUUAUUAUACAUACAUUCUUCAACAGGCUUAAAAAUGAUACCGGAGGAGAUUGGAAAUUUGAUACAUCUUCGAUAUUUGAAUAUUCGAGGUAAUUGUAGUACAUCGAUAUGUGGGAUUGGGAAGCUAAAAUUUCUUCAAGAACUGAAUAUGUUUGAUCUUAGAGAUGCGAGUGGUUAUAGAAUUGGAGAGCUGGAGAAUAUGAAUGAACUUUGCAAAUUAGGAAUCAAUUGCCUUGAAAAUGUUAAGGAUGCUGAAGAGGCUUGUAGUGCCAAAUUAUAUGCCAAGAGGAGGCUCACAGAUCUAACUUUACGGUGGAGUAACAGUGAUUCGAGGAACAUCGAUUUAGAUGAGAACGUGCUGGACAACCUUCAGCCACCAAAAUGUCUAAGGAAUCUGAGCAUAAAGAGAUACAUGGGUGCAAGGUCUGCAAUAUGGAUGAACAAUGUCAAUCCGAUCUUCAAUAUAGAGAAAAUUGUAUUGAUGGAUUGCUUGGAGUGUGAAACUCUUCCACCUUUUGGGCAACUUCCCUUCCUCAAGUCACUGGAACUUUAUAGGAUGCCGAAAGUAAAAUGGCUCGAAAGUAAAUUUAAUGGGAAUGAUAAAUACUAUGCCUUUCCAGUGCUAGAGGUUUUACGUAUUCAGAGAUUAAAAGCAUUAGAGGAUUGGUUUGAGGCAGGAGUAGCUGCUGAAGAUGGAUGUUUGUUUCCUUGCUUAAUUGAACUGGAGCUAUUUGUCUGCCCGAAGUUGAAAGAGUUGCCCUCUUUUCCUCCUAAGCUCAAGAGCUUUAAAAUAAAUGACAAUAUUGCGUUGACGACUUUAGAUUUUUGUAGCAAUUCAAAUCCUAUUCCCCUUCAAUCAUUAGAGGUGUUUGACUGUCCAAACAUUACAUCUCUUCCUCCGGCUGAUGAAAUAACAAGACUUGCAGCACUAAGAUCCUUGACAAUCUCAUUGAAAGAUUGCUUGGAGUGGGAAACUCUUCCUCCUUUCGGGCAACUUCCCUUCCUCAAGUCACUGACACUUUCUAACAUGCCGAAAGUAAAAUGGCUGGAAAGUAAAUUUAAUGGGAAUGAUAAAUACCGUGCCUUUCCAUUGCUAGAGGUGUUACAAAUUUACAGAUUAGAAGCAUUGGAGGAUUGGUUUGAGGCAGGAGUAGCUGCUGAAGAUGGAUGUUUCUUUCCUUGCUUAAUUCACCUGGAACUAGAUAACUGCUCGAAGUUGAAAGAGUUGCCCUCUUUGCCUCCUAAGCUCAAGAGCUUGUGGAUCGAAAACAUUGGGUGGACGACUUUGAAUUUUUGUAGCAAUUCAAAUCCUAUUCCCCUUCAAACAUUAAAGGUCUCUCGCUGUCCUAACAUUACAUCUCUUCCUCUGGCUGAUGAAAUAGCAAGACUUGCAGCACUAAGAUACUUGAGAAUUAUAAAGUGCCCCAAUCUGAUCUCUCUGGGAAGAUAUCGAGAAGUGGAGAGCACUAAUAAUUGCCAUCUCAUGCUCAGCUAUCUCGGUAUAAGUGAUCCAUCGGUGUUGCUAAUUGAGCCAUUGAGAAGUAUCGCCUCCUUAAAGGAGCUGUCUAUUUGGGGUAAUGAUGAGUUGGUUUCAUUUCCAAAUGAGGUGGUUUCACUUCUGGAAAGCUUAUCUUCACUUGAGAAACUAUCUAUUUCUAAUGUUCCUAUGCUUCGGGAAUUACCGAACCUUCCUCCCUCUUUGAUAACUCUACGAAUUUGGGGGGAAUGUCAUCCAGAGUUAAAGGAGCGCUAUCGAGAGGAUGGAGGCUCCGAUCGGCACAAAAUUGCUCACAUUCCUUAUUUCUAUAUUUGGACCUUAUAAGCAAACAUCUUUCUUCUUAUCUUAUUUGUUUGAUAUAUAUGAAAUGUGAAGAAUGUAAUGUCAGCAUUAAACAGUUUGUAUAAUUUGAUAGAUGUACUCAAUUUGACUUAAUUAUUAAGCAUAAUUAAAUU